UAAGUGGUUUUGUUCAAGUCGAGUGAUUUCCCUUUUAUUAUGAUAUUUUAGAAUAUUUUAAACGCCUCAGGGGCUCUAAACACUUUUAAACUUUUUAGCGAUGUACAUASGACUUUUUAAAUGGCGAACAAGUUARACUUGCUCGCAAUCUUUGCAUCAAAAUCUCGAAAAUCUCWAGACGUCGCUGGUCGACUUGUAAAUUUCAUUGAAAUGUGUUUUUGUCCAUCUAUCGAGAAAUGAGCUUCUCAACCGAUCAAGAACCACAUCAGCUGGGCAKUGAAAGUGCUAAUGAGGACGAACAAGCGAACUCRGCUGUUUUCGAGAGAAAGCGAGCUYAUCAAAAUGAAAACAGWGUGCAUACAACUAGAGGUAAUAUGGAACAAGAAGCAAAAGCUGCCAUGGAAACGUCCAAAGAAACMAAUGUUGUUCCAGAAUGGAUYAAAACUGGAGUAAAAUGUAUGGCACGUUACCAUGACAGCUGCUUCUAUCGAGCUGUCAUUCAAGAUGUUGUCAAGCAUAGUGAUGGAGGUGUAGAAGUGGUAGUUGCAUUCACUGGUUUUGAAUCAGAAGGUGAUGAAGUCGUUGGAUUACAAGAUCUCAGAAGAAUCGCACAGAAAGAAUUACAACCCAGUGCAGCAACUUGUAGACCCAGUAGUCCCAGUGAGCAAAGUUGGUUUAGCCAUUUACAGGGAAAUGAGAUGGACCAGGAAUUAAGGUCUAAGUUUGAAUAUGAUACUGAUGAAGACUAUGACAAUCUAUUAACUACACGUGAAAAAAUGAAAAAUAAUGAAAAGAAGUUGGAAGAAAAUAUGAAAAACAAAGAAAAGAAAAAGAAAGGUAUUUUAAAAAUUACAACACAUAAAGCCAAAGAAACCAGGAAAAGCCAGGCACAUAACCAACAAAAACAAGAAAAGCUCAACUCUCCAGACAACAUAGCUUCAAAUAAACGUGGAAGACAUCGAAAGAAGCCUCUCUUGAAAACCAAUGAUGAUGAUGAUGUUAUCGAUGAUUACGAUGAUGAUGAUGACAAAGCAGAAUUUUGUUGGGAUGACAUUGAUGGGUUUGAUGACAAGGACAUGGAAAAGCCUCACUUUAGUGAACCAGCCACUGAACCAUUUGUGCCUUUGGUGUUGUCUGACCCAGGACAGCACCCAAUAAUUCAGGUUAGUUGCAAAGUUAGAGACAUAGUAGAUCCCUUGCUUCAUCUGAAAGAGAAUGAAAUGAUACUGCAUUCUGUGUCCCAUGAAUGGAUCAAAACUGGAGUAAAAUGUAUGGCACGUUACCAUGACAGCUGCUUCUAUCGAGCUGUCAUUCAAGAUGUUGUCAAGCAUAGUGAUGGAGGUGUAGAAGUGGUAGUUGCAUUCACUGGUUUUGAAUCAGAAGGUGAUGAAGUUGUUGGAUUACAAGAUCUCAGAAGAAUCGCACCGAAAGAAUUACAACCAAGUGCAGCAACUUGUAGACCGAGUAGUCCUAGUGAGCAAAGUUGGUUUAGCCAUUUACAGGGAAAUGAGAUGUACCAGGAAUUAAGGACUAAGUUUGCAUAUGAUACUGAUGAAGACUAUGGCAAUGUUUUAACUACAAGUGAAAAAAUAAAAAAUAAUAAAAAGAAGUUGGUAGAAGAUAAGAAAAACAAAGACAAGAAAAAGAAAGGUAUUUUACAAGUUACAACACAUAAAGGCAAAGAAACCAGUAAAAGGCAGGAUCAACAAAGGAAAAAAAAGCUCAACUCUCCAGAGAACACAGAUUCAGAUAAAGGUGGAAGACAUCAAAAGAAGCCUUUCUUGAAAACCAAUGAUGAUGAUGAUGUUAUCGAUGAUUAUGAUGAUGAUGAUGACAAAGCAGAAUUUUGUUGGGAUGAGAUUGAGGGGUUUGAUGACAAGGACAUGGAAAAGCCUCACUUUASUGAACCAGCCACUGAACCAUUUGUGCCUUUGGUGUUGUCUGACCCAGGACAGCACCCAAUAAUUCAGGUUCCAGCUACUAUUAACUGCCGACUACGAGAGUAUCAGCGUGAAGGUGUAAAGUUUCUUUACAAGCAUUACYGUGGCAACAAGGGUGCUAUAUUAGGUGACGACAUGGGACUGGGUAAGACAGUGCAGGUUAUAGCCUUUCUUGCUGCCCUCUUGGGAAAAUCAGGAACUAAAGCUGAUGUGUUUGGAAAGUAUAUGGACAUUGGAARACYAAAUAAGAAGGGCAGCGAUACACCAAAACAAGAAGGCUGCUUCCUCAUAGUCUCCCCAGGCUCUGUCUUAUACAAUUGGCGUGAUGAACUGGACACUUGGGGAUAUUUCAAAGUCAGGCUAUACCAUGGAAGUAGUAAGGAGGGUGUGUUAGAAUACGCAGCUAAGGGGAAACUGGACAUUGUGCUCACUACCUAUGAAACACUGAAAAUCAACCUGGACAAGUUUAACAGAGUUCAGUGGCUUGCUGUUAUAAUGGACGAAGCACACAGACUUAAAGACUCAAAAGCACAAAUAACCAUGGCAGCAAAGGCUCUCAAAGUGAAACGAAGAUACGGCUUGACUGGAACUCCUCUUCAGAACCGSUUCGCUGAGUUCUGGUGUGUCCUUGAUUGGGCCAAUCCAGGCUGUCUUGGGUCAUCUAAGAAGUUCAUGAAAGAAUACAGCCGGCCUAUCAAGAAAGGACAACGAUUUAAUGUUACUAAGAGAGAAUUAGCUGUUGGCCGGACAAUGUCAAAACAACUGCAGUCUCAGCUGAGUCAAUGGCUUCUGCGGCGUACAAAAGACUUGAUAUCWGACCAGCUACCCUGCAAAGACGACARGGUUGUGUUUUGCCCUAUGACGUCAUUCCAAGAGGAURUCUACGUCACUCUGCUCCAGUCUCCUGACGUGAAGCUGAUCACCAGGAAAGAUUUYCCUUGUGACUGUGGUAGCGGUGUUGCUAGGGGAAAGUGCUGUUACCAGACUGACCAAGAUGGCGAACCAAUACGUUCUGUCUUGAUGCGAUUUCUACAGUUAUUACUGAAAGCAGCUAAUCACACAGCAUUGUUGAUGCCUCAAGUCAAACAAACAARAGACCAACGUUACAAAGCMAAAGUUAUUUGCGAUCAAGUAUUUGCUCGUCAUCCAGAAUAUGCCCAGUCCCUGUCCGAUUCCUCUUUCCAGACCCUCUCAGACCCUUCUUACUGUGGUAAAAUGAAAGUCCUGGAUCGAUUGCUUCGUAUGUUUGAGAAGGAGAAAAGCAAAGUGUUGCUGUUUUCUCAAUCAUUUCAGUUGCUUAAUAUUCUUGAAGAGUUCGUAAUCGGUCGUGGGCUGAUUUAUUCUCGUUUAGAUGGCAAGACACGAACAAACCAACGCGCGGCCAUCGUCAGGGAAUUCAACAACAACCCCGAGAUCUUUGUGUGCCUUAUAUCUACACGCGCAGGCGCACUGGGGCUUAAUUUCACUGGUGCYAAUGUGGUGAUCAUAUUUGAUCCCACAUGGAACCCUGCCAACGACUUACAAGCCCAGGACAGAGCAUAUCGUAUUGGRCAAAGACGAGAUGUCCAAGUGUUUCGUUUGAUAUCGUCUGGCACAAUAGAAGAAAUGAUGUAUUUACGGCAGAUAUAUAAGCAGCAAAUGGCCAAUAUAGCUGUCAAAGGAACAAGCGAGCGUCGAUAUUUCACCGGUGUCGAGGGUGAGAAGGACCUCAAAGGAGAAUUGUUUGGUGUCGAGAACCUCUUCUCCUAUCGAGCUGAAGGUGUUUGCCUCGCGCAAGACAUCAUCACAAGAACUGAUAAACUAGAAGCUGGUUUGAGAGUAGAGAAGUAUCGUAUCGUAGAAAAGACCAAACAAGACGAAGAGGUAGACCAGGAGAAGCUCACAUCUUCAGCCACAAAUAGCGAGACAGAUGACUACGAUCUUGAAGAAAUGGCCUCUCAAUUCUUCGAGGACCAGGUCGGCGCUGCAUAUGAUAGGCCAUCAACUAGUGGAAUUAUCACCGGUAGCCAGGAAGAGGAGGAAGGAACGUCGAAACUGGACGGUGAUGAUGAUGAUUGUGAUGAUGAUAAAACUAGUCAUCUCAAAGAACAAUCCAAUACAAAAUCAUCAUUGGCAACARGAAAGACUUCAAAAAGAAGUAAAAAGAACAAACCUACCAUUAAAAACAAGACACCAAAAAACACUCGCUUUCCAACAAUAUCCAGGAAAAAGCGCCUAAGAAAGUACUUGGCCGAGUUCUUUUCCAGUGGAGACAGUAGUUCAUCGAACCAGGAAAGCCAGUCCACACGUGCAAAGACCAAUUCAACGCAGAGAAUGUCUGGAAAAGGUUACAAAGACACAGAUGGUGAUAUUUCUUAUGUGAUUGACAGCGAUGAUAGUGACACACUCGCUGAUCUGUCAAUCAAUCGAAGAUUCACCAAAGUAAAACCCCACAAAAAUCRUCGUCAAAAACUGGAUACAUUGACGUCAGUCGGCGCUGGGCAUAAGUGCGAUGGGACUAAAAGUUCUGUUGUAAAUGAAGGAAGCGUUGUUCGUGGUKCUGAGAGUACGUGUAGUAAGGACGGUGCGAGUUGUAACGUAGUUGAGGAAGUUGGAGGAUAUUUUAGCAUGUCUGAAGGCGAUGAACGUAAAGAACUCACGCCAAAAACCCAGAAGAAAGGAAAGCACAAGCUGAAAAGGAAAGGACGAGUUGAAAUAACAACAAGCGAAAAAAAACCAAAGGUGGUUAUUCAACRCGUAAAAGAAAACGUAAACAACGAGGUCGAGAAUCUACUGAGMAAAUGUGGUGUCAGCUAUACGCAUGCUAAUCGCACUGUUGUGUGCACAAGUAAAGCAGAGUCCCACAUGUCUAAGCGAGCGAUACAAGAUGUCUUUGAACUGCGACAGUUUUCUCAACAGCCCGCCAACUGUUUUGCAGCUUUUGAGGUCAGCGACGAGAGUGAUGAUGUCGCAGAGAAAUCCACAAAAGGCARAGAUACUACGCCAGGAUGUAAAACUAGUUGUGCGUCGUCGUCAAGAUCAACUAAAACGCUAAUCAAUAAACCCUCGGAAGUCUUCGAUAAGUCAUCGGCUGUUAAACAAGACCGUUCGGAAUCCAGGACAAAGAAAACUAC